CCUUGAGUUUAUAUCAUUCCAAAGAUUCACAUUACAACAAAUGUUUGUUGGGUUAAAAGUUCCACAAAAUGAAUUUCAUCCUAAUUUCACUUGUAAUCACCACUUUACUAUUUCAAUACAAUCAAGCCACUGAAAUAAGAACGAGUUCAUACGAUUUGCUGAUUAAAGCCAAUAUAACUCAUAAGGAAUCAAACAAUACUUGGUACUUGGCUGAAACAGUUUAUUUCAAGCCCUUAAUUCAUGGAGUAAUCAGGAUACAAAAGGGUGACAUCGAAAUGCAAGUUCAUUACAAUCUCAACACUUCAAAAAGAAUCGUUUUCCUUGAUAACCGUGCCAUGGACAUGGAAAGUAUUCGCAAUUUCACUUGGGAUGGAGUAGGAUUACCAGUAAAAACAAUCAGAUUGAUCAAUAAGCUGUUGAUAAUGGGUCCGGUUUAUUAUUAUUCAAUUCUUAAGGAUUACAAUCAUCAAGAAUACAAAGACGAAAGAUCGCUGAAAUUUUCGAGUAACAAUGAUGGUCAGUCAUUAUUUUGGGUCUACAAAUUCACAGCAAGUAUCACUCCUUGGGUUGACUUGCGUGAAUUGGACAACCUAACUAUUUCUGAUUCACACAAUGGUCAUUCGAUUAACAUGAGAAUUGAGAAAUUUGUCAGCUUAUAUAAUAUAGUAAUAGAAACUGGGCAACAGUUUUAUGUUGGAUUCAAUGAAACUCUAACUGAUCAUAUUCAUCAGUCAACAGUUGAUGCUCAGUUUGAUGUUAUUGAGAUGGAUUCUCUGUCAUGGAUGAAAUAUAAAAGACCAGGAAUUGAAUAUGAACAAGUAGAUGACUUGGUAUCUGGUUUAAGCUUUACUUCAACAGCCGAUGGCUGUGCAAUUCAAUCGAGCAAUCAAAAUAAAUCAUUCAAUUUCGCAAGCUUAAGCUUGCAAGAGUUUUUCGGGAUAGCCUGGACUUUUAUAUAUUCAGAUGAAACUUUAUUCCCAAUCAAAUAUCAACACAGAGACAAGUUAAUUAUGGAUAAAAUAGAGUUCGAUAAACAAAUUGGAAACUUUUCGUACGAUUUAGUGACUACAACUCUCAGAAUGGCUAGAAUGACCGGAAGAUCAGACCUGAUCUUGCAAAAUCUUCAAGUUGAACGUAAACUGUAUAACAAGGAAAAUAAAUCUUCGUUGGAUUAUCAAUUAAUAAAAACUAGAAAAAUCUCAUGUUAUGGUUACACCAAAUUGAAUUAUGAGCCUGAACAUCAAGUUUACACUCUCAAUAACAAGUGUUUUCAAAAUGCAAAAAUGGAUGUUUUAAAAUUUCAAGUAACACCUUCAAAAAAAUUAUCUCCAGUAGAAACCUAUUCUUUGCUCAAUGAACUCGAUGAAUUGGGUGAAAAUCUUAAGAAGUUAUUAUGUUUCAGGCUUAGAAUAUCGUAUCUGAGGAUAAAAUCGGUUCGAUUUCAAUUUAACAGCACUUAUUUAACAGCCUCAGUCGAAAUUACUGAAAGAUUCAAUUUCGUUGAUUUAAGAAAAAGUUAUCGAAAGCUUGAUUUAUCAGGAUUUUUGACACUUUCUUACUCAAACGCUGAAACUUGCUUGCAACUUGAAGUCAAUAAAGGCAAUAUCAGUAAAAUUAUCAGCUGUAAUGACAUUAGCCAUGGAUGCAUUGGAAUAACUCUUGACCAGCCUUUGCCUGAGGAAAAUGAAAAUGGCUCGAACUGUGUUAUAUAUGACAAUUUGGAUAAAGCAUUGUAUAAACUUGUUCAAGAGCCAUCAUUAAGAGAACUGAAAAUGUCAUACAAACAUCUGACUGAGACGAUACUUUUCAGUGCGAAACUUAGCUUUGAUCUGCAUGUGAUUGAUUCAUCGCAAAAUGAUAGCCAACUGCCAAUUGAUUCUUAUUCUUUUAACGAGAAAGUUUAUUGUAGAAAUUAUUUUUGCUCUUAUAUAUUUCUUAUACUAGUCGUCGCCCUUUUUUGCAACGCCAUUUGCUUUGUUACAAUUUUGUGCAAAUCACACCGACGAUCCGUUCGAAUUAGCUCAUCUCCGUCAAUUUCCCUGGCAGUUAUGAAAGAUUCACAAGAUUUCUUGAUGGAAAGAUGAUAACAUUAUAAAUAUCAAUUGGCAACUUAAAAUACUUAUUCAAAUCUCGAGACUUUGUGGAUAAAAUGAAGAGUCUUCGGAUCGUUAACAAAUUCAACAGAAAUUAUAAAAAAUUUUAUUUUGAUUUUCACGUUUAACCUAAAAAUGUUAUAAAUUCAAAUUAAUAUUUGUCCAUAAUCUUUCAAACAGAAAUCAAACCGCACAGAAUGUCAAAUGUCAAUUAUUUUUUACACAAAAAAAUACUUAAUAAAAAAUGACGGUUAAUAACUGCUCAAAAGUCAACAGUCUUUAACAUAUGAUUGCAAAAAAUAAAUUUGAUUCAAGUUAUUUGAUUUAAAAAUGCUGUUAAUAUUUUCUGAAGCUAAACUUGCAUCAACAAAUUAAUUUGAAUCCCAAUCGAUUCUAUUGGUUAGCCAUUGUCAUCUAAAUUGUAUUUAUAUUUGAAUUAUAACAUCUUGUCUUGUUUCAUCAUUUACAAACCAUUGGAAGCUGUUGUAAUAUUUGUUGCUUUUAACGCUAUCACGUCUUAAUUCAUUUGUGACCAGAAUACAUUUUCACUGCAUCCAUCUGAAGGAAAUUUCAAUCUUGUGCGAUUCUUAAAUUUAAAAACAUGAAGUGUCCAUCUCACAUCAUAUUCAUUUUUGGUUCAUUUUGUCUUACGUUCUGUUUGGCUAUAUCAUUACCUGGUUUCCCUGACAUAAAAACAAUUGUAGACAAAACUGAGCAACGAGCGAGUAAAUUGAUUGAAAUUUCAAAAAUGUCUGUUGAGGCCAAAGCGAAAGCUCACCAAGCAAAGAGCUUAUUAUCUGGUCUCGCUCGGCAGUUGUUGCCUAAAAGAGUUGAAGGAGAGAAGUUGUUUUUACAGCGGAAUUGCAUCGCUCACAAAUUUUCAAGACAAUCUUUGAGCCAAUAUUAUAACAGUAUGGUGGAUCAUCCCUAUCAAUGUGAAACGCUUAGUAAUGGCACAGACACGUUCAGUCGUAUCAUUGGAUGUGAAACUGAGUCGAAGAAUUUCAUUUGUUACGGAAUCUCUAAGACUGAUCCAUUGCCUGAACCUGAUGAGGAUGGAAAUGCUUGUUAUGACGUUAAGAAUCCGUUGAUUCCUUCAAUCCUCAAUCUUCCAAAGUGCAAUUGUGAUUCCAAUAUUUUAACUCGCAUAUUUCAUGUAAUCUCAUUUUCAGUCAUUUGCUUAAUUUUAUUUGUCUUUUUUAUCAACAUCAUAAUGCUCGAGUUAAUCAGUGAAGUCAGUCAAAUCAUAUUGCUCUUCAUCUUGUCCAACAGAAUCUUUCGAUUGCUUUUCGUUAAACGUUUUUAAUUUUAAUUUUAAUUUUAAAUUGGCUCUUAAAUGGCAAUCUGAUUGCUAAAUCAUUUGUAUCAAAUACAUUCCUAUAACUAUAUGAAUCAUAUUUAUGUACAUUUCCCAUAACCAUUUUCAUUACAUUAAACUAUUAACUAAUAAAGAACAGAGAAUAAAUUU